AUGGCCACUUCUUCAAUCACUAUACCAACAAUUCAAUCUCCGAUUCGGAGAUCGAAAUUUCUCGGCCAGAGCCAUCUAUUUUCAACUGCAAACCGAUCGAUUUUCCCGCCUCCUAAACAGCUAUCAAACGUUCAUCAAGUAAAGACCAUGGCUAAGUUCAAUCUAUGGGAAGUGAUGGGAGGAAGAGGAUUAUUGAAAGGAGAGAAAGGUAUUGAAAAGGAGCUCAAGAGGAACGUAGAAGACGAGCAAGAGACAACACCAAAGGCUGAUGAGAACGAGACGACUGAUGACAAUAACUUGUCGACGUUUAAAGUUCCUGAAGACGGUUUCGAUAAAGAGAUGAUGGGUCUCACCGGAGGAUUCCCCGGCGGGGAAAAGGGACUGCAAACGUUCAUCGAGAAAAACCCACCACCGCCACCUCCGCCGCCGCCUGCGAAACGAGGAGACGAUGUAACUGCACUUGCUGCUAGCGAUAAGAAGAAACCGAGAGCGCCGGAGCUGCCUCUUCUCAUGCCGGGGAUGAUCGCUAUAGUGAAGAACCCGAACAAUCCGUACCACAUGUACUGUGGGAUAGUGCAGAGGAUCACGGAUGGGAAAGCUGGUGUCUUGUUCGAAGGAGGAAACUGGGACAGGCUCAUAACUUUCAGGCUUGAAGAGCUCGAACGAAGAGAGAAAGGUCCACCUGGUAAGAACCCAAAGUCUUGUGUUCUUGAGCCUCUUAUUGAACAGAUGCAAAAGGAGGCACCACCAUCAUAA